CUCGCUGACCCGGAUGUAUUUGCUGUGAAUCGUGUGUAAACUUCCUGAGAGAAAAGUGGAAGCAGCAGCAGGAAGUUAUGGCUCAUAUCACCAUCAACCAGUACCUGCAACAGGUGAACGAAGCCAUCGAGAACCACGAGGGUUCGUUCUGUGCGGAGCUGCUCUCCUUCAAACAUCCUCAUGUGGCCAACCCGCGGCUCCAGCUGGCCAGUCCAGAGGACAAGUGUCAGCAGGUGUUGGAGCCGCCGUACGACGAGAUGGUCGCAGCUCAUCUCAGGUUCAUCAUUGUGUUGAUGUUUGAUUAUUGACUCUCCUUUGAUUGACAUGUGGGGCAAUUCUAGAGUAGAUGGGGAGAAAUCCUCAUUUCUGAUUGGCUUAAGAUUGGCUUCUAAUUUGAAGAGUGUGUUUCAGGUGCACGUACGCUGUGGCCAAUCACGACUUUGUUGAGGCCUACAAGUUCCAGACGCUCGUCGUUCAGUCUUUCCUGAGAGCCUUCCAGUCGCACAAAGAAGAGAACUGGGCUCUGCCUGUGAUGUUCGCUGUCACUCUGGAUCUCAGGAUUUUCGCCAACAAUGCUGAGCAGCAGCUGCAGAAGAAGGGUAAAGGUCAACCUGGUGAGAUGUUGGAGAAAGCAGCAGAACAGUUGAUGAGCUGCUUCAGAGUGUGUGCCAGUGACAAUCGUGCAGGUAUCGAGGAUUCUAAGAAGUGGGGGAUGAUGUUCCUGAGUAACCAGCUCUUCAAGAUCUACUUCAAGAUCAAUAAGCUGCACCUGUGUAAACCUCUGAUCAGAGCCAUCGACAGCUCCAACCUGAAGAACGACUACAGUCCUGCUCAGAAAGUCACGUACAAAUACUACGUGGGCCGCAAAGCCAUGUUCGACAGCGACUUCAAACCAGCGGAGGAGUUCCUGUCGUUCGCCUUCCACCACUGUCAUCGCUCCAGUCAGAAGAACAAGAGGAUGAUUCUCAUCUACCUGCUGCCCGUCAAGAUGCUGCUGGGUCACAUGCCGACUCACCAGCUGCUCAGGAAAUACGACCUGAUGCAAUUUGUGGACGUCACCAAAGCUGUGAGUGAGGGGAACCUGCUGCUGCUGAACGAAGCUUUGUCCAAACACGAGACGUUCUUCAUCCGCUGCGGAAUCUUCCUCAUCCUGGAGAAGCUCAAGAUCAUCACCUACAGGAACCUCUUCAAGAAAGUGUAUCUGCUGCUGCGGACUCACCAGCUUCCUCUGGACGCCUUCCUGGUGGCGCUGAAGAUGAUGCAGGUGGAGGACGUGGACAUCGACGAGGUGCAGUGUCUCCUGGCCAACCUCAUCUACAUGGGUCACAUCAAAGGUUACAUUUCCCAUCAGCACCAGAAGCUCGUGGUCAGUAAACAGAAUCCAUUCCCGUCUCUCUCCUCCGUCUCCUAGACGUCAUUACCCACAAUCCCCUCUGGCUGUGACGCUCAACUAACUCCCCUUGAAACCUUUUUUUAUUUUGUACUGUGAAACUGUUGAAUAAAGCCGAUGCUGGUUUGUUGUGUGAA